GAACAGUCGUGACAGUUGCGUUUUAUUUAAAGUAAAAUUAACGUUUAUUGUUAUUUUAUUUACAUUUUCAUGUCGACACAUAAUAAAGUUUUACGUCGACAGGCGAGGCAAAUUAUUUAUAAUGUAGCCAAGUAUAUGCAAAAAGAAAAAGAUGAAGGUGUUACGAACACUAAUCAGGUGCAGCAUCGAACUGCUAACGCUACAGGCACGUCUGUGCGAACAGUCCGUAAUAUUUUAUCCGAAUGCAAAAACUCGGAUACAUCUGUUUUCCGUACCCCAGGGAAGAAAAGGGUUAAGUCAAAACCGAUUACCGGUAUUGAUCAUUUCGACAAAGGUAUCAUUAAACGCUGCAUACAUAACUUUCAUGUGGCUGAGAAAGAAAUGCCUACUUUAACCAAAUUACUAAUUAAAUUCCGAAGAGACAUACAUUUUAAGGGCUCUUCAGGUAGCUUGAGCAGAAUAAUAAAAGAGUUAGGAUUUAAAUGGAAAAAAACGGAAAGCAAAUUUAAGAUACUCAUUGAAAAGCAUAGUAUUCGCCUGAAAAGAAUUGAAUAUCUACGAGACCUAAAAAAAUACAGAGACGAAGGAAGAGAAAUUGUAUACGCGGGACAAUCCAAUGUAUAUGUUAAAUAUUCUCAACGGCAUACUGAUGGAAAAAGGAAAGAUUUGAAAGUAUCAAAUUCUAGAGGACAACCGAUUAUCAUAGUCAAUGCGGGAUCCGCAACUGGAUUUCUACCUAACGCCUUAUUUAUGUUUAAACCAGGCUCAAAGGCCCAGGAAAUGAAUUUUACAAACUACAAGAAAUGGUUGAUCACCAAAAUAAUACCCAAUUUGAAGCAUAACUCAGUCAUAGUUUUAGAUAAAACAUCAUACAACAAUAAAUUACUUAACCCCGCGCCUACACCCUAUUCGAAAAAAGCAGAAAUGCAAUCUUGGUUAAAAAACAAAGCAAUACCUUAUACAAAUAAUAUGUUAAAACCACAGUUAUAUCAAUUAAUAUCCGAGAAUGAUGAUCAUAAUAAAACUUAUAUUGUUGACGAAAUGUUUAAAAAACACAAUCACGUUGUUUUGCGUGUACCCCCAGCUCAUCCUGAUUUAAACCCUAUAGACAUAGCAUUGGAUGCCGUUGGAGGAUAUGUCGCGGAAAGAAACACAGAUAACAAAACAAACCACGCAAUCGAACUUGUUAAAGAAAAAGUUAAUUUAAUAGAGAUAAAUGAAUUGACGGACUUGUGUAAGAAAGUCGAAUACAUAGAAAAUCAGUAUAAAUCUAGCGAUCAUGUAAUUGACGAUAUGACAGAGGAAUUAACUAUAUAUAAUGUUAAUAGUUCAGAAUCGGAAAGCGAAUCGGACGUACUUAGUGACGAAUCGGACUCGGAUUAUGAACCAAGCACGAACGAAGGAAAUGAAUUGUUGGUAGAAAGAAUUCCAAAAAUUGAAUCGUCAAGUGACAGUGAUUAUUAAGAUUACGUAGUUAUAUAAGAUAUAAAAUUAAUGGUAACGAUACGAAAUAAAAAAAAAACUACAAUCGA